CAGAUACUUUUUAGGAGAGAAAUGGAUCAAGAUGACUCAGAUUUACUCGUUCAAAAAGUGCAAAAUGAUUCUUCGAUCGGCUCAUGUGGUCUGGAGCAAAUAGGAUGUUGGUGUGUGUCCAUAUUCAGAGGAGGUGGUAUUGAAGCCAAGUUUGAAGAUGGGUCUAUAAUUCAUGUGGCUCCUUGUGCCUCGUCUUUUCUUUUACAACUCCAGCCUCAUAGAGACACACCAUAUGGCUGUGGUUUACAUAAGAUUGAGUACAAAACGAAGUUUCCCACUAGUCUUUGUCGCGGGAAGAUAAGAGAGUUAACUACCCUGAGAAACAAGUUUGCAGGCGACAAUCGAGUCUAUAUACACAGUGGAGAGGUACAGAAAGAGCCACCCGAUGAGUCAAUUGGCUGGAAGGAAACCUCACAAAUGGGAGAAAAGAAACUUCCGAAGAAGAUUGAGCAGUAUAGUUGGAAAUAUGAAGAAGUGAUAAGAAACGUCGAUGGUACUUUGUCACUUUGGGAUUCAGAAAAGGUUGCAAGAAUAACCUUAAAAUCUCAUAGACAAACUAUCGAAGUACGGAUUUUGGUUCCGAAGGCCGAAAAGAACCUGGAAAAGUCAACUUCUUUUUCUCAAUCGUCUGUGAGAAAUGAAAAGGACGUCUCAACCGGAGACCCGUCUGUGAACUACGUUGCUGUGACUCCAAGGUUGAAAACUGUGACGAACAGAGAAGAAAGUCUGAGCUGUUUGAAGCUGAAUUUAUUGGAUCAGCUGAAUGCGGAAGAGGGAAAAAAUAAAGCUCUAGCAGCUGGUGGAACUGAAUCUCUACCUAGUUCCUCUUCCAGUGAGGGCACAGGAGGGCGCAAAGUGAAUUGGCACAAGUAUGUGUGGGUGACACAACUGCACUCGGUUUUGUCAGUGCCCCAGUGCUGGAGGCCACCGACUGGUCUACUAGUGCACUACUCCACACACUCGUUCAUUAAUGGACCGAGUAGUGGCAUAUGUCCGAAGCCAGUGACUUCGGAGCCAGAUUUUGACGAGUGGGUUUUGGCGGAGAGCUGUUGUUCAGCCUACUUGCAUCCCUGGAGACAGAUCAAGGGCUUCAUGGAGUCACGAGAGUCCACUGCAAUAUGGGACCAUCAGCCUAUUCAAUCUUUCAUCAUCCCCAAUUGCGUGUUUAGAAUAGUGAGUCCUAUGGGCAGCAAUGAUUGCUUCGUGAGUGAGUGGGUAGUGGAGGUAGAUCUGCCAGACGGGUCCCUCCUCAGGAGUGAGGAGACAUCAUCGUCACCAUGCGCACACCAAAGCACAUGCAAUAGUCGGAACGACUUCAAUGACGGCCAUGUUCUAUCACCCACAGUUUUCACUCAUUUCUCCUUUAACAAGUCCCUUCAAAACGUCAAGUCUGUUACAAUAUCGCUUUCCAAUCCGCCGCCCAAAGUGCCGGGACAGUCAUAUGAUCUUGUACACAUUGGCAAACAAGCUUGUGACCUUUUGUCCUCUGUAAACAGAUCAAUGAUGUCUGGAUUUGAGCCUAAAAAGUCGUGUGUCAAGACGAUGUCUGCAGAAAUAGACUUGGAGCAAGCCUAUCUUUAUUUGGAAUCUGCUCGUAGUGGCUACACUGAUUUGAAUUCAGUAUUCAAUCCAAACACUCCUCUUUCCACGCAUCGACUAUCGGGGCCUUACGUAACAGACCAAGCACAAGUUGAGGGCGUUGGGGAGUUCUGGUCAUUCAGUACGGGUAGAAUCCGAGUUGCCUUCUGUGACGGGGUCUUCUUGGACAUGAAGCUGUCACAAUAUUCCUAUCCCGAUUCUUCCGAGGGUGGUGAAGAUACGGCAAGAAGUGGCUUCUCUGGAAUCACAUCGGUUGCUGAUCUCCCUGUGGGGCUGGCGCGCAUGUUGAUGAAAGAUGGAACUUACCAGUUUGUCAACAUUAGCAACCCACCACCUCAAUUCACUCGCUACCUGUUGGCUGCGGGAGAGUGGAUGCAGUGGGUGAAGUGUCCGGAGGAGAAGCGUGAGAGUGUGUUCACCAGUGACAACCGCAUCCUACAACACAUGAUACAGUCUGAACUGGACAAGAUUAAAUGCUUCAACUUUAUGAAAAAAACAGCCACUCGAUUCCCGCUUUUGAGACCUGAUCCAGUGGGAGGCCCAUCUGAACAGUCCAACUGCAAUCUUGACGGAGAUGACACCACGGUAGUAGAUGUCGAGUCUAUCACUUUCGUAGACUCGGACAGAACGUAUUCUAAGAGUGAUUUUCUGGGCGGAGCGAAAGACAGAUCAGCUGACAGUCCUGCGUUGUCCCGCAAACCUCAGGAGAAAACAACAAAUUCGUUUGGAAAAAUGGAAAGGCCAGAACGAAGAUAUUUGCAAUUUACUCAGAUCUUAUCUGAACCAAAGUCAACUAGUGGCGACUGGAAGAACAGAUAUUGUGGACCAAAUUUUGCUGAUGGCAAGGGAUUUGAGGGUGCAGUUGAAGGUGAGCACAUCGAAUCGAACAGUGAGACAAGAACUGGAAAGCGUGCUGAUGACUUAAAAACAAAUUUUGGUGAUAGCUCAUGUGAUAUUGAAAGUGAUAAUAGCUCAAAAAACAGUGUAAAAACGUCGGAAAAAUCUGUUGUGGAGGCAACAAAGAAUGAUAUACUUGAUUUACCCAUUGGUUCUGUAAAUAAAGUUGCUGAGAAAUCACUCAAUUGCAACUCAGUGAACGCGAAGAAACAACCUGAAUUAGAAAUCAGUUUUGAUACGGAGACGAGCGUGAAACAGGCCUCAACAACUUCAUCUUUUCCGUCCCAGAAUCCCAGUAAAAACAAAUCUGGCCAAGUUAGCAAAACCAGCUCGAUGAAGUCUAGCGGCAAAAAAGUUCAAUCGGCCCAGAACUACAAACAGUCCGAACUGCAAAAUGACAUACAAAAGAUUCUCCAGAAGACCAGGAAAGAUUUAGACUUGUAUGAAUCAUUAUGUCACAAACUUCCAGGUUCUCAGAGUCCAGAAAAGAGUGAAUCAGAAGCGUCAUGUUCAAAAAGUAAAAAAGAAUUGAAAACUGAAUCGACUAGAGCUGUGCUAAAAUUAGACGAUAGUGUGAAACUGAAUUGUGAGAUGCAUGUAGUUCCUCCCCCUUGUGAAUUUGCAGAUGAAAAGAAGGAGAGUCGAUCAUGCAAGGAUCUCACGGGUCUGUCGAUCAUAUCGAGGCCAAAAAGUCCUCCAUAUGUAAAAGUGGACUGUAGUUCAGAUAGAGUGACAGAAAGCCCACCUAGAUCACCCCCUGGCGCAAGAUACGUCAGAGAUGCCAUGAGUUCAUUGACAGAAGAUAACAACGACACUAACAAUCGCUCUACUUUGCAGAAAGAAAACUCAUCAACUGAAGCCGCGUUUCAAAAGCCACAUGCAUCAUCCUCGUCAACAGAAGUGAAUUCAACUAAAGAUCGACUGUCGGUUUGUUCAAAAGACUCAUCUUCGAAAUCUUGCUUGAAGGGAAAUAGAAAUACAAAUAAUCGAGAUUUUGCAGUAGUAUCCACUGCUGAUACAUUUGAUAAAUGUGAAGUCCUCAAUAGCGUUCAUUACAGAUUGACCAAAAAUACGGCCGAUUCAAGCUCCAAAAAUGGGCGCGAAUCGAGCUUGAGUCCGAAAGUGAGACCGAACAGUGGAACAAGCUGCUCUUUUCGAACAGCAAGUUCUGUGGAUACUGCACAAGACAUCGACAAGUUCAUUCAGGAGAAUUCAACUGGCCUGGAAGUGCAAUUUGACUUUGCGUCAGUGACAGAUGCCCUGUUUAAAACACAGCAGGCCAUCAAGACAAUCGAAGACAUGCUGGGAAACAAAGAAGAGAGAAGUUUGAGCAAUGAUGAGAAUGAUGAAAGUUUCAGAGAAGAAGAAACUGAAAACGAAAAAGAUUGAAUUCAAUGAGCGAAUAAACUGAAUGUGUAUCGCAGAUUUAGUAUUGAACUGAUGCAAGUCUAAAUGGACUUAAAUGAUGAACGCCCAGUAAUUAAUCUUGCAAUUUACUGUGAAUUUUUCAUUUGAUGUAUUUUACGUUUUCUUGCUACUUACAUGCUAAUUAUCGUGUUUUGGUGAAUUGUGUUGUAUAUAUUGUAAAAUUGUUCUAUAGAUGUUUAAUACAA